AGCGAAGCACGGAGGGAGAUGUACAAGAUUUGUACUCUGCUAAAAUUAAUACGUCAUCUCGUAAUCUAGAGUGUUAUUUAUAAAUUAAAUCGUGGUUACAUAUAUAAUUUAAUUAAAAAACCAGCAAAAAUGCCGGCGGCACGGGGUGUGAAGCGUGCUGCUUCCAAAUCAUCGACCACGACAUCAGCUUCGGGACCGAAAAACAAGAAAAAACGCGGAGCAAUACAGUUGGAGAUACCCACUGCUCCAAAGAAGCGAGGACGUGUUCUGACAUGUGGACAAGGAGACGUUGGCCAGCUCGGCCUUGGAGAAGACGUAGUGGAAACUACAAAAUUCAAAUAUGUGACUGCAUUGGGUGAUAAAAUAGUUGAUGUGCAAGCAGGUGGUAUGCACACUAUAGCAUUGGACAGCAGUGGAAAGAUUUGGACUUUUGGUUGUAAUGACGAAGGUGCCCUUGGACGUGCCACCAGCAAUGAGAAGGAUGAAGGGACUCCCAAACAGGUUUCUUUGCCUGUCGCAGCUGUGGCUGUCUCGGCUGGAGACUCACACUCUGCUGCUUUAUUGCAGAAUGGAGAUGUUUAUGCUUGGGGGUCUUUCCGAGAUUCUCAUGGUAGCAUGGGACUGGUUGUCCGAGGGCGCGAAGGAAAACCCUGCAAAGAACCCGUUAAGAUUGACAUCGGAGAGCCAGCCGUAGAAAUAGCAUCAGGGGGUGAUCAUCUAGUUGUAUUAACGACAUCAGGCAGUGUAUUCACACUAGGCUGUGGGGAACAAGGGCAGCUGGGCAGGCUGGCGCAGAGAUCAGCGUCUCGAGACGCCAGGCAGGGCUUCAGCGCGCUGCUGGUGCCGGCGCGGGUGACGCUGCGGCAGGCGGCGGCGCGCGUGUGGGCGGGCCACCACGCCACCUUCGUGCUGGACGCGCAGCACGCCAGACUCUUCGCCUUCGGACUCAACAACUACGGACAGCUCGGCAUAACAGGUGAGAAACGUAAAACAGCGUUGUUUUCUCCGACCGAGUGUGACGCACUACGAGCCGUCGGAGAUGAUCACGCGUGGAGCGCUGUGGCCCUCGGACAACAUCACACACUGACACUCGCUGCCAACGGACAGAUAUAUGCACUGGGACGUUGUGAAUAUGGGAGGUUAGGUCUGGGCGACAAGUCUGGCGACGCGGAGACUCUAGAACUAAUACCCAAGCUGCAGAACAAGAAAUGUAUCAGUAUAGCGGCCGGCACCAGCAAUUCCUUCGCCGUCACAGACUCCGGCGAAGUGUACUCUUGGGGCAUGGGCAGCGAGGGGCAGCUGGGCACCGGAGAGAGCGAGGACCUCAACGAGCCCACCCUCGCCGCCGUCGACAGCCGCGCGCCCCUCCGCGUCUCCGCCGGCGGACAACACACCGUGCUGCUGGUCGAGGAAACAUCGUCGCAGAGAGAACCUUCCCCGAUUCCUGAACGUGAGACGGAAUCCCAACAGUCCGAGGACACCGAGGAGGAGGAGGAGGAGACGAGUAGAGCGGACAUCACCGAGCAAGAGGGAGAGAUCACCUCGACGUCUGCAGCCAAACCUGAGGACGUCUCCAACGAUACGGAACCUCAGAAAGUGAACGGAGAUGAGAAAGAGACUCCCAUGGAGGUUGAUGAAACUGACGCGGUACAAAAAGAGAAAUCAUCCGAGGAAGACGAGGGAGACGAAAGAGAAACGAAACCUGAAGAAGAGUCUAAAAGCGAGGCGCCGGAGCCGCGCGCCAGGCAACCCGACCCGCACAACGGCACGCACGCGCCCGCCUGCUGAGCGACGUCGCCCACCACGGCACCCAACUCCAGCCACAAAAACAUUCAUUUAUUGUAAACGUUUCAGAUCCGAACGGUUGACUGAUUAUUGAAGUGAAACGUUGUGAUUUCAAAAUCGAUGAAACGAAAAAAUAAGUCCAUAGAGACACAAACACAUGAUUGUAUAGGAUUCA